GAGGCGGAGAGGGAAAGAAAAGAUUUUGCUGUCUCGCCGAGCCAAAGGGCCAACUACCACCACUGACCGGCGAUCCACCGCCUCCUUCACCGUCGUUGACCAUUCCGGCCACCUAUCCAUAGAAAGAACAUAACUGCGAGAAAUUGAAAUUCUGAAGGGAAACAGAGACGAAUCGGUUUCAAGGUUCAUCUGCUUUCGAAGCUUAUUUAUUCGAAUCGGAAUUGGGGAUUUUGGUUGCUGCGGGAAACUGGAGAAAUGGCUGUAAGACAAAGAGCAGUGACCGCUUUACCCAAGCUGAUACAAAGUCUGCGGAAGGAAUGCCCUAGGCCUUCACCGCUAAUCUCAGCGCCAAAUCCAGCUACGGCGCUGCCGUCUCUCAGGCGGGCAUUCUCUCUUUAUGAUCAGAUCAAUCUCAUUGACAAUGUCCCAGAAGACCAGCUGCGGUUCCAGCGUUAUACGGACACUGGGUUUACGGUGAAUGGGGUUCAUUAUGAAGGUAGCUUGCUUUGCAUUGGCAACUUGCUCAUGUCAUGGGCGCCCAAAUCAUUAUCCCAAAUUACACCAGAGAGUUUAUCCAUCUUCAAGAUUUUACGCCCUGUACCAGAGAUCUUGAUUCUUGGGUGUGGAAAAUACAUUCAGCCGGUGGAUCCUGAACUCAGGCGCUUCAUCCGGUCCACAGGCAUGAAGCUGGAAGCUGUUGAUUCGAGGAAUGCCUCUUCUACUUAUAACAUACUGAACGAGGAAGGAAGAAUGGUGGCUCUUGCAGUUCUCCCGUACGGAGUUUCUUCGUGAUGCCAUGGCGAGCUCCAGGCCUCGUGUUCUGGUGCCUCUUUGUUAUUGGUCUUCUUGACCACUUGAUCAAAGGUCAAAUUUUCAAUUCAUAAGCUUGUACAUUGGGCGAAUCCAGGACAGUUGUUAUUGAAUGAUUUUAAAGGAAAAAUGGUGGCUAUUAUGGCCAGCUAUGGAUGUGUGAUUUGAUUGUAGAAGGUUUCUCGCUCACUCUUUGUAAGGUCUUCUCUAAUAAACUAACAGGGGAACGUUCUUGAAGCCGUGAUCUUGUGAAAGAAAGAAUAGUAAUGGGAUCGAGCAUCGAUUUUGUCAUCUUAGGAGGCGGUGGUGAUUGUAUUCCUUUUGAAGCAAGUUAACUUCGUUUUUGGAACUAGAACAGGAAAAGGAGGGAUAUACCAAUUUCGGAGGUUUUUCUUGUACAUCAAGCAAGUGACUUAGCAACUUAGCUUGCUUAUAUGGC